GGCAACCGCAUGAAGAGCUGUCAAAUUAUCUAACACGGUGUUUGUUUACAAUUUUUCUCCGGCACAAAAGUUGCUCCGGCUGUGUUGCGUUCGUUUUGCCCGGUUCGCCAGCUCACCCAAGACACACACACCAACCAAGCCGCCAAGAUGCGUAUGGCCAGCGUAUUGCUGCGUACACGCAAACCACAGAACGAAGCGGACGUCCCGUUUCAGGAGGUGCUGCCGCUGAAGCUGAAAAACCAUGUGAGCGGCAAAACGGACAAAACGAGCGAUGUCGCCUGCCUGCAGGAGAUGGCGGUGAUGUUUUCCUGCCUGAAGACGAACGACUUCAACGAGAGCCUGUGCGCGAAGGAGGUGGGCAACUUCCAGCGGUGCUACAAAGUGUACCUCGACAAGAAAACGGCCAAAAAGGAAACGUCCAGCAAGGGUGUGCUGGUGGCGGGGAAGGACCUCAACUACAAGCAGCUAAACAAGGUGCUGAAAAAGUAUCCCACAUCGGCACAGAAUUAGCAAGUUGGUGGAGUGGUGUGUUGGUGGAUAGAGGAGCAUUUGUUGGUUGUUCGGGAAGUUCAGUUUUAAGCAUCCGGUAGUGUAAUAAAACACAUUUAAAAGGA